AUGGCUGCUAAUGAGGCCUCAUUACCGCCGGACGGCAGACGAGCCCGGCCAGGGGGGGCGCGCAGCCCCCCCCCCGGUCCCGGCCAUGAGCACCCGUGCACCGGGCAGUGCCUGAGCGCCCGCUCCCGGUCCCGGCCGCCCCCACCAUGCUGCCCCCCGACGGCUCGGGACCUGCCCCAAGGCGGGCGCCUGGCGGCCCUGCUGCUGGUGGUGCUGGCGUGGGUGCCCGGCGGGGCACCCGCCUGCCCUGCGCUCUGCACGUGCUACGUCUCGCCGCCCACCGUCAGCUGCCAGGCCAACAACUUCUCCUCGGUGCCCGCGGGGCUCCCGCCCGGCGCCCGCCGCCUCUUCCUGCAGAACAACGUCAUCAGGGCGCUGCGGGCGGGCACCUUCGGGCCCAGCACCGUCACCCUCUGGCUCUACUCCAACAACAUCUCCUCCAUCCAGCCGGGCACCUUCCGCCACCUGCCCGCCCUCGAGGAGCUCGACCUGGGUGACAACCCUCACCUCCGCGUCCUGGCGCCCGACACCUUCCACGGCCUCCGGCGCCUCCAGGCCCUGCACCUCUACCGGUGCCAGCUGGCCAGCCUGCCCAGCGGCAUCUUCCGUGGCCUCCACAGCCUCCAGUACCUCUACCUGCAGGAGAACGGGCUGCUCUACCUCCAGGAUGACCUCUUCGCCGACCUGGCCAACCUGAGCCACCUCUUCCUGCACGGGAACCGGGUGCGGGCGCUGUCGGAGGGCGUCUUUCGGGGGCUGCCCAGCCUGGACCGCCUGCUGCUGCACGCCAACCGCCUGGUCGCCGUGCACCGCCGCGCCUUCCGCGGCCUGUCGCGCCUCACCAUCCUCUACCUGUUCAACAACAGCCUGGCGGCGCUGCCCGGGGACCCGCUGGCCGCCCUGCCCGCCCUGCAGUUCCUGCGCCUCAACGCCAACCCCUGGGCCUGCGACUGCCGCGCGCGCCCGCUCUGGGCCUGGUUCCGCCGCACCCGCGUCUCCAGCUCGCCCGUGCCCUGCGCCAGCCCCCCGCACCGCCGCGGCACCGACCUGCGCCACCUGCGGCCCCAAGACUUCGACGCCUGCCCCGAGGAGGAUGAGGAGGAGGAGGAGGAGGAGGAGGAGGAGGAGGAGAAGGACGAGGGGGGUGGUGGUGGUGGUGCGGUGGCCGUAGUGGGCACCCCCGGGCGGGCGCUGGGCCGCCCCGGCACCCUGCCUGCUGCGCCGCCCUCCGCCUUCUACCGCGACGGGCUGCCCCCCCAUGACCUGCGGGGGUCCCAGCCCCGGCCACCCCCCCCGUCCCGUGACUCCCGUGGCCCCCCCGGGGACGACGUCCCCUUGGCUGCGGCCCCGCGCCUGGCCCCUGCCCUCCUGUCCCUGCUGGCCCUGCUCCUGCCUGACCUCUGAGCCCACCCUUCGGGGGGGGCUCGGCCCCAUUUGGGGGGCAUCCGGACCCCUCCUCAUCCCUGGGGGGGUCCCCCUGGGUUUCCCUGAGCUGCUGGGGGCACCUGGAGCGGGGGGGGUCCCCAGGACUCGGCCCUCCACCCGCCCUGAACGAAAAGACCCCCCCCGCAGGCACUGAGCGGUUGGGAAUUAUUUAUUAAAAAUGGUCUUAUUUUG